AUGAAAAGGUGUGCUCCGGCCGUAUUAAGAAAUUAUAAUUAUAAGAAGGGUAUAUGGAGUACUGGCGUACCCGAUCAUAUAAGGAAGCUGCUUCGAGAUAAAUCGACCUCUCCUUUAUGCUCACAAGAUGAGAGAAACCUGGUCUCAUUCUUUAUGGCGCGCGGAAGCGUUCCUCUAAAGUCUGUUGGCACUGCAUUAACGAAGAAAGCCACCACAUCAAUAACAACUAACUCAGCUACCACAACAUUUGAACGACAGUAUCUUAUAAAAUAUCUUUAUCGCCACCAGGCCUAUGGGAAUGUCAUAAAAAUUGCACAGCAUUUUCUUUAUACCACUAUUGGUUCACAAAGGUUGUUAAAGCAAGAUGCUUCAUUACCUGAGUUGAAAAAGUUCUUCCUCUCUUUAUUGGUUCUACAAAGAGGUAUCCAACUAGACCGGGCAAUGUCUGAUGUCAUAUCACGGUUUCUAUUAACACAAAAGGCAAUGGUGGUAGACCUGAUUAACUCAAUUUUCUCGAGGAUGGUUACAAUGAAUAUGCAUGGAGAAGCUGUAUAUAAAUGGGUCAAAUGGAUGAAACUGGUUAAUGGUCAUUGCGAGUUUACGAAUUAUAUGGAGAAUAGAGUAAUUCUGAGGAAUUUUCUAUCAUUUAUGAGGCAAUCAAAUGUUCACCCUGAUUACCUAUCUUAUUUGAAAGCCAUUCAGCUCACACAAGGGCCCGCAAUAGCGUCUCAAUUCGCAACUACAUUGAUGUUUCUAUUGACUUACAUCAGGAAAUUUUCCCCGGCAGAAGCAGUUUGGAAUUAUAAGUGUGAGCAUAAUCUGCCGGUAGUAAAUUCUGACCUGACAUGUAUUCUAAAGACUUAUUGUCACAUGCAGAAGUUUUCGCUGGUUCCGUCAACAUAUUGGAAAUACCCUGAUGCUCAGCACGACCAAAACCAAUUUGAUUAUCUUCUGGUGGCCCAUUCUAAACUGCAUAAUUGGGAUGCUUUACAACAACAGUUCAAUGCUCUUUUCGGUAUAGGUAAGCUACCCUCUAUACAACAUUAUGGUAUUUUGAUGUAUACUAUGGCCAGAAUUGGUGAAUUGGAUAGUGUCAAUAAACUAUAUACACAAUUACUGAGGAGAGGUAUGAUACCGACGUACGUCGUUUUACAAUCUUUACUAUAUGCACAUUAUAAAGUUGGGGAUUUUGCAGCCUGCUUUAGUCACUUCGAGCUAUUCAAGAAAUACGACAUAGCGCCUUCAACAGCAACCCAUACCAUAAUGCUCAAAGUGUAUCGUGGUUUAAACGACCUUGAUGGUGCGUUUAGAAUAUUAAAAAGACUGAGCGAGGAUCCCUCUGUAGAAAUCACAGAAGGACAUUUUGCACUAUUAAUACAAAUGUGUUGCAAAUCCACAAACCAUUUAAUUGCUCAAGAAUUAUUCAACCUUAUGACAGAUCAUUACAAUAUCCAACACACCGGAAAAAGUGUCUCUGCAUUGAUGGAUGUAUAUAUUGAGAGUAACAAGUCAACAGAGGCAAUAGCAUUAUUUGAAAAACAUUCAAAGAAUUUAUCCUGGAGAGAUGGCUUAAUAUCGGUGUAUAACAAAGCUAUCAAAGCAUAUAUUGGUUUAAAAAAUGUUAGUAAGUGUGAGGAACUCUUCCACAAGAUUACAGACUCAAACCUGGCCGUUGACAGUGAAUUUUACAAGAUGAUGAUCAAAUUUUUAGUUACGCUAAAUCAAGACUGCGAAACGGCAUUAAGCAUUAUAGAUCAACUGAUAAAACAUCCUGUGAUCAAGGUGGACGCUUCGCACUUUGAAAUUAUAAUGGAAGCAUAUGACAAAAUAGGUUACCGUGAUGGUAUAAUUAACUUGUACAAAACAAUGUCACAAAAUAAAGUUCCAGCAAAUUCCAAAAUUUUAUACUUUAUAUUGAAGGCUGUUGCUAAAAAAAGCCUACAGAAUAAUGAAAAAAUCAGAGAAACGAUUAGCAUGGUAGAAGACAUUAUGGAAAAUGCUGCCAAUGGAACUCUCGACGUUACGUAUAACAAACUGCAUCCCUCAGUCAUGGCAUGGCCAAUGAGAAUGAUUGUAAAGCAUGAUAGUCCGCAGCGGGCUUUAGAGUUAUACAAUCGGUACAAUGAGCUUUUCUUCAAAAAGCAUGACUGGGUAUCGAAUAAUAAUAAAUUCGUAAUGAUGAGAUCAUUGUUGGUAUUACUAGCUCAGAUUGAACAAUGGAAAGAUUUUGAAACACUAUUCACUAAAUAUAUGGAUCGUAUUGAAAACAUAGAAAACUUGCCAUCAUCUACAACGCCGAAUAUUAAGCUAAGAAGCCUUUUUAGCGGACUCUUCCCAUUCAAAGUGAAUCAGUUAGUGGCAAUGAAUAAAAUCGAUGAACUUCCAUUAUUGUGGAAAAGGUUGCGAGAAAAAGGUUUUAUUUUAGAUAAUAUAUCGUGGAACAGCGCUGUAGAAGCGUUGUUUAAAGACCCAAGGACCCUUUCGUAUGGUAUGAAAAUCGUUGAUGAUACAUUGAUUCAUGGCUACAACUUGAUUCAUAAAUUUAGACUAUUAACGAAACUAUCCGAGGACACGACGCACUCAAGUGAUAAAUCUUGGCCAACGUUAGAAAUGAGGGAAAAGGACACCAAUAAAUUUCAACCCAGGUUGUACUUGAAAAGUGAUACAUAUAACAGUAUAAAGAGGCAAUUGGACACCUAUUUGAACAGUAUUGAUGAUUUGAAAACUCUAGAAGAUCAGGUGCGUGAUUUCAUAUCGAAUUACAAGUAUUUUAUGAAAGACUACUUAUUACUACCGAGAGACGAGAUCAGUAAGUGGGAACAGAUUGAAAUGAGACAUCCCUCAUACUUUAAAGAACUAAGGAAAUCUAAAAGAGUACUGCCAGCCAGUAAAUUCUAG